CAAUUCAAUGGUCACGGAUCCGACGCGAUAUCAAGCAGGCUACCUGGGUUUAAAUAUCCGAAUCUGAUACUCGCAGUCUUUAUUUAGCAGCAAAUUACAACAUGCAGCAGAAUUAACCUGAUUCGGAAUUAGUUUGACCAUGUCCUGUACGCGCAGAGACGCCGAGUCUAUGCGCUCAGUAGACGGCGCAAGUCCGACAUCGCCGAAGAAGCGUCGGCAACGGGAUCUGUCCAGCAGCAGAGAAAACGCGAGCGAAUCAAAGCCAAGCCUGCCACCAUGGAUGCGUCUCUAUUUCUACGGCAUGCACGGAGUCACGUUGGAUAUCAUUCUGUCAUCGAUGCACACUUUCCUGCAAAGCAAUGAUCUGAAAUUGCUGGGGUUCUCCUCCCCCUACAGCUGCAUUGUCCAUUCGAUGACUCACUUCGCGCUGGAGAAAAUAUAUUCACAAAAAAAUAUCUUCCAAGGACGCCCUGUCCUUUUCCAUUGCAUAAUCUACCCUUCUGUGUACAUCGGUCUGCAGAUAUUGAUCGGGAAUACAGUUGUCUUAUCCAGUCAAAUCAAAAGCGCGUCAGUAGCGCAUAUUGCUAUUCACUACAUCAUAUCCCUCUACUAUUCGCAAGUAUUUCUCAAAAGAUUCUUGCACCUUCAGUACCACUGCCCCGGGCAACGUACCCUGGCGGAACUGAUUCAAGGGCUGAGGUCUGCACACGGACUGCCUGGUUUGGUGCGUUUCGUCUUCUUUGGAAUGCAUGGUUUUUUGGACGAGGUCGUUUUCACUUCGAUAUUCAAUCUGUUUGAAAAAUCUGACAGAACUCUGAGCGGUCAUACGUCUCUCUGGUCCUUCCUUAUGUAUGGAAGCUGCAGCUAUGUUGUGGAAAAGCUGUACCUGCAUUUGCAUUUCAAACGAGGAUGGAGUACAUGGAAAAGGCUGCCGGUCUACAUCUGUUUCAUCUAUACCUGGGAGUUUUCUUGGGGACUGGCGCUGCGGCACUACGGCGCCUGUUCGUGGGACUACUCCCACUAUCCUUUGAAUUUCAUGGGUCUCAUCACCCUUCUCUAUCUACCUGGUUGGGUCUGUCUCAGUUUGUACCAGGAUAUAUUGUCCAAUGUCUUGCUAUGUGUCGCGUGUGCACAAGACAGUAAGCCACAGGGAUGCGGAAUAAAUGAACGUCGUAGCUUUAAACAUAUACCACACCAUUAGAGUGCAGAGCGCAGAAAAUUGCACCGGUGUAUUUAAAACCCAAACACCAUCGCCGCACACCGGCUUAACAAUAGUCUAUUUCUUCAGAGAAAUUUUUGUAGCUGUUAAAACAGCUUUACUGUGACGAAAGGGCCAAUCCCUUUCAAGCCUGACAGAACCAAUGAUGUUAUGGUUCUCAGGUCGUAAAGACAACUGCCGUUUUUAAGUAUACCUAUUGUAAUAUAACAAUAUUGUCACUAUCCAGACUUUUGUAAACCAGAAAUAUAAAAGACCGUAAAUGCUAACACAAUUCUGCUGUCUAUAUACGGUCAAUAGCUAAAGACAUGACCACAUUGACGGGAAAUCUAAUCCCGUGAUUCCCCCGGCUUUAGUGGCCCUGUUUUAAGAUCUUGCAUGUCUGGCUAUAAUUUAGUGGCUCUAAGGCACGUCCUACAUUUUUUACUUCACUGCAAACAAAGUCAAAUCACUGUAUGUGUAGUUAUUAAGAUGAACUCAAAAGCUAUAGCGUAAAUAUGACGAAACAUUAUGAGUGAAUUAAUUAAUUAAUUAAUUAGUGAAUGGAAAUGUGAUCUCUUUAAUGAAAAUGCAGUGUGUCCCUAUAGACUUACUACUCGGAACUGAGAGUUUGUAAAAAAAAAAAGUAUACAUUUUGUUACAAUGCCCAUUUUAUGGAGUGCCUUCGACAACAACCUGACUGUGGAGUAAAGUGACGCAGUGCCAUGCCAAAUCAUAGUUUUGUAGAGAGUGGCAUGAUUGAUAACGAGAAUAUUUGUGCUUCUGAAAAUAGAAGGAGGAUCUGGCUGUCAUGUCAAUGUCACGGAUUUCAAGCUAAGUAAACAUUAGCUGUAAGAUUGAUGUGGCCUCUCUGGUAAAACUAUGUCACCAGGUGAAUAAGUAUCUGCAUAUGCAGCCCCACAGAUGAAGUAUACAGUACGUAUGAGGAAUUUUUAGAAGCUGUGAUCACACCACCAAGGGGUGUCAACUUUAACGAUGAAGGCCAGAUUUGGAAAGGGUCGUUUUUGUAAUGCAUUUAAUUUAUUAUAUGACAUAUCAUGGGAAAGCAUUCAGUAAUUACUGCCUGAGAAAUUUAAUCGGCCAUUGCAUUGCAUUGAUUAAUGUUUUACAGUUGUAAUACAGGACCAAAAGAGAAACGGUUUUGGAAAACCUUGCACUGUGACUAAAGUAGCGAUUUGAGACUGGUGGCUAUAACCACCCAGAGUUAACAAGCAGGAGUAGCAGAAGAACAAGCAUUUUUACCAUUUCUACUAUUCUAAUCCUUUGUUGCAGAUAUUUCUCACUGUGUUUAUAACGGUUGGACAUGUUUUAGAUUUUUCUAUUGCCUAUACUGGUAGCUGUGUGUCUCUAAUUCAACAAAGUAGUCUUGGAGAUGCAAAAGAGGCAGCAAAAGAGACUUGGAAUCACAAGAAUUUUCUCCAUUGUAUUUGUUUUGUAAAUAUUUUUGUGAAGUAAGAAGGCAUGGCAGAAACACUGAAUUGUACAAAUAAUUGCAUUCAAUAUUCACAGAAUAAAACUUAAUUUAAAAUGCUUUGUAUAUAAAAAUAAAAGCAGAUUUUUUUGUAACUUUUUGGUUGAUCUAAUAGCAGCUGCAUGUGUUAACCAUAUGGAUUGUACACCUAAAACUUUCAUAUGCUGUUGAGUGUGAAUUUCCAAUUCUAUGCAGUCAGAGUGAUGGACGAUGCUUGGUUUACUGUCCCUCCCUCCAGAUAUAUAUAUAUAUAUCUUGACCUUUGACCAUUGAUUCCCCUUUUUUAUAACUACUAUAAAAUGAGACAUACAAUACUUGUCACCCAAACAAAUCAAACAUGUAGAAUUUAAAAGACAGCAAAAAAAAACCCAGGCACAACCCCCCUUAUAAAAUAACCCCAAACAAAGAAAAGAUAAAAGCCACCCAGGGUGAGGGAGAGAAAGAAACAAAGAGAAAGAUGAGCAGGGUGUAAUGAGGAUGGUGUUUCAUCAGCUGCUCAGCCUAAGGUGUGUAAUUCCAGAGCGUGUGUGAGCAAGGAUGUUCUAGAGUGUGUCCUGGCAAGGGGUCGUGUGAAGAAGGUGACUGGCACAGGGCCAGGGGAGUAAGGAUUUCAUCAAGAUGGAUUCAGGACAUCACCUCUGCAUCUUGAAAUACAUUUGAUGAAGUAUCUAUAUGUAAUGUACUUUGAACUUUUCAGGCAAGGCAGCUAAGAAUGCUAUUCCUGGUCAUUUAAAACAUACUGCAGCGGACAAGCGGACAACUUUGGAGUGGAUUUUAUAAGAGCACUAAAGCUAAUGUUCAUUCGUUCUGCCACUUCAUGGUUUGUUUGUAUAUAUUGUAUUUAAUUUAAUUAUAUGUGUGUGUGUGUGUGUGUGUGUGUGUGUGUGUGUGUGUGUGUGUGUGUGCAUGCGUGUCUGCAUGUGUGUGUUUGUGUGUGUGUGUGUGUGUGUGUUUGUGUGUGUGCUAUGCAUUCUUAGGCAUACCAAAGGAUGGAAAUAAGGAUAUAUUAGUUUUAAAUUGAAUUAAUUUUUUUGUAACCAAGGGCAUUCUGAAAUUUGUUGUCUUUUGAGAGUAUUGUCUCCAAACCAAUGAAACACUUUUAGGUUUUGUUUAUUUAAAAAUACAUAUUUAUUUAUGUGUUUAUUUUUUUGCACUAUUACUGCAGUGUCAGUUUGAUUAUAUUCCAUAAGAACAUGCAUCAUUUUACAAAGAUAAUAGUAUAAAAACGCCCCUUCAAAAGUCCAUCUUGUUAUGGGUGAAUAAACUGAUAAGGAUAUAUAUCUAA